CCAAACGGGGAAUUGCGUAAACGAAACAAAAACAGGACAAGCUUAGCUAUUAAGAUUGGAGAGAAGUAGACUGAAUAUGUUUUUGGGAAGUUGCAAGUGUCACGAAUUGGAACAAUGUUUCUCAAAUGUUUUGGAGACACAAAUUCAUGUCGGAGACAGUAUCCAACAGUAAUAGAAGAGCUGUGCCGUCAUUUUUUCUCUGCCCGAUCUUAGGAAGUCAACCACCAACUUCGAUCUACGGAGGAGGAGAAUUUACUAUAGUAUAUAAAGGUUGUCUCCAACAUAACGGUUCUUCUGAUAAUAUGGACCAUUCUUUUGAAUCACAACAUGCAGCCAAAACUCGCAGGUUUCAGCCAUAGCGUUCAUGGAGCACGUUUUAUGUCAAAGCCAAAACCAGUUAGAGUUAGAUGCUUUUGGAGAUAUUGCAGAUACAGCAGGAUCAUGAGGGGGACUUCUGAAAAGAAACUUGUGAGAAUUGAUGUUAGUGCUGAUACUGUAUGCCCAUGGUGCUUUGUAGUUUGAACAUAAGGGCAUUGUUGAUGUUGGCAAAAAUAAUAUAGACAAGGCCAUAGCUGCUUCCAGGGAUAAAUGCAAUUUUGAGGUAAUCAAGGAGUGGAGCAAUGUUUCUGAAAUGUUUUGGCUGCACAAGUUCAUCUCAGAGAAAGUAUCCAACAAUAAUAGAAGAGUUGUGCCAUCAAUUUUCUCUGGCCGAUGUUUGGAAAUCAACCAACAACUUUGAUAAAAACAGAUUAAUAGGAUGUGAUGGAAUUAGUGAAGUAUAUAAGGGUUGUCUCCAACAUAAUGAUCGUUCUGAUUAUACAGUCACAUUUAAGCGAUUUAUUGCAGAACGUUGUUAUCCACCACUGGACGACCUGUUCAAGAAUGAAAUAGAAUUGCUCUGCCAGAUACGUCACCCUAAUUGUGUCUCUCUUAUAGGAUUCUGCAGCCACAAAAAUGAGAGAAUUAGUGUGUAUGAGUACAUGUCCAAUGGAUCUCUAGAUCGAUACCUUGAAGGAUCUAUAGAUCGACAUUUACAAGGUGGGGAUAUGGAAGCACUGUCAUGGAAGAAAAGGCUAGAGAUAUGCAUAGGGGCAGCUCGUGGAUUACACUACCUUCACGCUGGAGCCAAGCGCACCAUCUUUCACCGUGACAUUAAACCCAGCAACAUUCUUUUGGAUCACAACAUGGAGCCAAAACUUGCAGGUUUCAUCUUUAGCAUAAAAGGACCACAUUCUAUGUCAAAGCCAAAACCAAUUCAAGCUUAUGUUGCUGGUACUUCAGGCUUCACGGCUAGGGAGCAUAUUAUUGAUGGUACCGUCACAGAUAAAUGUGAUGUUUACUCAUUUGGUGGGGUUCUACUAGAAGUUUUGUGGGGAAGGAAAUAUGUAAUAUCGCCAUUUGAAAAAGAAUUUCUGGAGAAACCUAUUGAGGAGAAAAUUGAUCUGAAUAUCAGAGGAAAAAUUGCACCUGAUUGUUGGAAAGUCUUUUCAGAUAUCACACAAAGAUGCUUGAAAUUGGAAGCAGAUGAGCGACCAACAAUGGGUGAAGUAGAGGUGGAACUUGAGCAUGCUCUGUCCUUACAGGAUCAAGCAGAUAUAGUAAACACCAAUGGUGAUUAUACCUUAUUGUCCAAAACCUUUAUUCCCCUGGGAUCAUUUUGAUCCCUGUUUGUUUCUAGCAUUUUUUUUUUUUUUACUUUACCAGAAGCUGACAUUGUGAGUCAAAACAGUCACAGACUCACAAGUGAACUUUUGCAGUGAUUAAAUUUAAUUGAGAUACUUGUAUCUUUUAUUCUGA